AUAAAGCGGCAAAAAAAUCAAAAACUCUAAAAUGUGUUUCUUUGGAGUGGCUUACAUGCAGUAUCGAAAAAGGGUACGCAUUACCAGAUCAUUUGUAUCCUGUGGAGAUUGGCACUUCGACCCCUACAAAAGAAGAUAACAACCCUCAGCCUGAUUUUUCCAUGAUCAGUAACAUUACCACCACUUCAGUACUGGGAGGAAACACACUGGCAGAAACUCUAUUAAAUGUCGCGUCUCCUAAUUUAGCAACAAACAAUAAAAAUGGUAUAACAAAAGAAACUAAAAAACGAAAAAGCACUUCCAAUGAAUGGGAUGACUUGGUAGAGCAGAUCGAUUUAAAAAAAGUUAAAAUGGCUGGCACGUUUUUAGACGGAUGCAGUAUUUAUCUUGCGGGUUUCUCUUCGGAACAAAAAGAUAAAUUAUGCAAGGUUCUCAAUUUUGGAGGUGCAAUGCGAUAUGACGACGUUUCAGAAAGGGUAACUCAUGCAAUUGUUGGCGACCCGUCAUGCCACGAUCUCAAACUUAUCCAAAGCAGUGGUCUUAUGAACCACUUUCCUUUACUCAACCUACACUGGUUAAUCGACAGUAUCGCGCAAAAACACCCCGUAUCUGAAGAACAAUACAUAGUAAAUGUCAAUACAGUUAACGACAGUGAGCCUAAAUCACCACUCAGCAAAAAGGGCCUAUUUGCUUUACGUUCAGAUACACCAAAUAUAAAAGAACGCAAUGAAAUUGAACAAAGACAAAAAGAUGAUCAACAACCUGACAUUGACGACGACUCUGAAUUGUUACAGCAAUAUUUACAACCCGAAUCAUCUCGUCAAGAUACUUUAGCUCAGCUAUUAAGAAAUGCCAGCGGUACGUUUAACUCCGAAAGUAAUUUAAGCAAGAAAAAAGAAGAGAAAGAAAAAAGUUCAAGAAAUGAAAAGAGUGUUCACUACACAGGUACCAACUCUAAACAUUUCCAAGAGAAUUCACAAAACCCACUUCUUCCAUUUGAUAAAAUGAAAUUUGUUAUGAUCGAUUUAGAUGAAGAAGUGUCUGAAGAUAUCCAAGCAAAAGUCGAAGAAUGUGGAGGCACCACGGUUCCUGAAUCCUAUAAGGGAAUCCCUAACUACAUUGUCAUGCCCAUCUUUCUUCCCUUCCUAAAAAUAAAACCGUCGUGUGAAGUCGUAUCCAUUCUAUACAUCCUAGAGUGUUUUGAAACAAAAGAAUUAAUCGAACUCGAAUACUACCACCGCCCGAUGUUUAUCGACAGCAAUGUAAAACCGUUAUCGGGUAAAGUCGUAACAAUCUCGAGUUAUUCCGGCUACGAACGAUUAUUUCUUCGCCACUUGAUCGAGGAAUUGGGCGGAGAGUCUCAAGAUCAGUUCUCUCGCGUCACUAACAUUAGCAAAAAUGUCAUGGCAUCGACCCAUUUAGUAUCUUCUGAAGCGAGUGGUAAAAAAUACGAGGCUGCUUUAAAAUGGAAAUUGCCAGUAGUGAAUAAGGACUGGCUUAUUAAAAGUGCUGAGAAAGGAGAACUCGAACCAGAGCAGCCAUAUUUGAUGGGUGAUUCAAAAGUUGAUAAAUUGAAUAACUCAACAACUGUACUGCCUUCGACGUCAAAAUACUCAACUCCCUCAAAAUCAACUGUUAAGGAAAAUAAUGGUAAAGUAAUUUUUUUAAUCUAUCUGCAGACGUAA